CUUAGCGGAUGCUACAAAGCGUGUACACACUAACUCCAAAACCCCAACUUUCUUCGCCAUGACUUUCUCAUGAGGCUUCGCCAUUCCAUACACUCGCUAUCGUUUGUUAUCUCUCUAUUACUACUACUGUGUCAGCAGUUUUGUGAAGGGGUUAAACUGAAGCAGCAGCAAAGUCCCUUUCAUGUUUUCCCAAGCCCAACACAAUCGUUACAACUAAAAGCAAUAUACCACCGACCGCCGGAAUCGCGGACCGUAUGGCGCCAAGAAGUCGUUUAUACGACUACCGCUUCCUCCAUUCCGAAUUUCCCUGUUUCCCCGGUACUAAGACUCAUUUCUCGACCACGAAACACGAAUCAGCAACUUCGAGACCUCUACAAUCAGGGCCGGCUCAUGAGGUUGUCCGCUGCUGACAUGACCGAGUUCGAAUCCAGUUGGGGCCUUGUGCCAGACGUUUCUCACCGUCCUUCCAUAUUGGCUUUGGCCAUGAUGACAAAUAAUGCCUAUACGUCGUUGAAUAAAACCGAUAGUACAGACUGGUAUCCGCUAGGUCCACCUUGGAAUGUUAAUUCAACUUUUGGAUGGGAUGACGAUGGGAUCCGAGGACAUGUCUUUGGAAACGAGGAUGAUUCGCUUCUGGUGAUCAGUAUCAAGGGCACCAGCGCUGGAUUAUGGACAGGUGGUUCAACGGGAGAAAGAGAUAAGCAGAAUGACAAUAUGCUUUUUUCAUGUUGCUGUGGCAGGGUCAGUCGAGUGUGGCAACCUGUAUGUGAGUGCUAUGUAGGCAACGAUUACAAAUGCGAAUCCCAUUGUCUUGAAAAGGCGCUUCUGGAACACGAACUCUACUAUGAUCAUGCAUUGGAAAUAUACAAGGAGGUAGCGGACAGGUAUCGUUAUGCGACAAUUUGGCUAACGGGUCAUUCGCUUGGCGGGGCCUUGGCAAGCAUGGUCGGCGCAACGUUCGGCGUACCAACAGUGACCUUUGAGAGCCCAGGCGAUCAACUUGCCUCCUCAAGACUGCAUCUUCCCCAUCCACCCGGAGCUGCGAAUAUGCCUAUGUGGCAUUUUGGGCAUACCGCCGAUCCAAUCUUUGUGGGCGUUUGUACAGGUCCUUGGAGCAGUUGUUGGUAUGGAGGGUUUGCUCUGGAAACCCGAUGUCACACAGGCAAGGUUUGCUCGUGGGACACGGUGAAUGAGCACGGAUGGCGCGUAGAUAUUCGAUCACAUCGUAUUGGCGAUGUGAUAGAGAAGAUCCUCAAACGACCAGACCAAUUUCCUACCAUGCCUGACUGUAAACCGGAACCGGACGAAUGUAGUGAUUGUCAGCUGUGGGAUUUCUACGAUGAAAGAGAUUCACUGCUUUAUUAAUCCUGAAUCCACUGUUUUUAUAUUUUUGUAUUUUAGCCAUGAUACACAUCAUCAUCUCAGUAUAAAUAUGUAUGUAAUAUAGUUUAGAUAGACAGAUUAUAUUUUAUUCUCGCUUGGGUCACGUCUUUGUUUUCUUUGAUAUUACAAUAUUAUUGACGAACAUCGCAUUCGACAUGGGAUAAGACGGGAUUUUCUCUAUUUGAAAGAGCAAUCAUGUAUUCCUUGUACUGUCAUUUUUGCUUUUAUCAACGGGUAUAUAUGGAAAGC